AUGUGCAAAACGAAAAUGGCAACCCACGCCACCGAUCCCACCCCAACUCGCCCCACUCAAUCCUCUCAAACCCGCCGAACUCGCUCCUCUCAAUCCCCUCGUACUCCACCGAACUUUUCCGAUCCUUCUACUUCUUCAACCAGCGCCGAAUACGCAGCCCCCACCUCUUCUUCAUCUCAAUUCAAACCUUCGUCUUCAGGUACAUCCAUUUCAAGUCGAACUUCUUUAUCCAGUCUCCGGGAAUCCAUCUCCGAAAGCCCUAACAUCUAUAGGUUUUCCGAAAUUCGGGCCGCCACUAACAAUUUCUUAUUGAAGAAACACUCUUCGUCUUCCUCCAACUGUUGGCGCUGCAACUUGCGCGGCCGUGACGUCAUCAUUUUCCAACGCAAGUUUUGUCGAAAACUCCAGAUGCAGCAUUUGAAAGAGAGAUUAUCGGUGAUCUGUCGGAGCCACCACAGCAGCAUCAUCAAGUUACAUGGCGCUUCUAUAUCUGAUGAUUAUAUUUAUCUCGUUUAUGAAUUCAUCAACGGUGCAAAUUUAUCUGAUUGUUUGAGAAAUUCAAAGAAUCCGGAUUUUACUGUAUUGUCCACGUGGAUGUCGAGAAUGCAGAUCGCCACAGAUCUCGCACAUGGCCUUGAUUACAUUCAUAAUAACACCGGCUUGAACUUGACUCUUGUUCAUAAUCAUAUUAAGAGUAGUAGCAUUAUAGUGACGGAGCCGUCGUUUAACGCUAAGAUUUGUCAUUUCGGCACGGCUCAGUUGUGCGGAGAAUCGGAGGAGGAAUCUGAAAGAAGAGAUAAAGGUUCAGAUUUCGGAAAAGUGACCGAAAUAUCGGAAAUAAUAGAGGAAGAACCGGUUGUAUCGUUAAAGAGAUCGAGUAGUAAGAAGAUGCAAUUCGAAGGAGUGAGAGGUUACAUGUCGCCGGAAUUUCGGGAGACCGGAAUUCCGACGCAGAAAUCGGACGUGUACGGUUUAGGCGUGGUUAUAUUGGAGCUUUUAUCAGGUGAAGAGCCUUUUAAAUACAAGUUUGACAAGUCACGUGGCGAAUUCAUGAGAACUUCGGUGACUGAAACCGCUAGAUUGGCGAUGAACGGAGGUGAUGAUGGCAGUGGAAGGGAGGGGAGAUUAAGGAAGUGGAUUGAUAAAAGACUUAGGGAUUCUUUUCCGAUCGAUGUGGCAGAGAAGUUGAUACGUGUCGCAUUGGAGUGCGCUGAUGUUGAUCCUGAUAAGCGGCCAGAUAUGGGACGCGUGUCGCGGAAGAUUUCGAAGUUGUAUUUGGAUUCUCGGGUUUGGGUGGAUAAAUUUAAACCUCCUAGCGACAUAACGUAUUCUCUGGGGCCGAGAUAG